CUGGAGUAUCCUGCCUCCGCCUGCCACCAUGUCUAGGUAGAACAAGUUGUCUUCCACGAGAAGAAAUAACCACAAACAUUCCCAUUCCCGUUCCAGUUUCCGUACCAUUUUGGGUUUCUGGCUGAUCGACUUCUGCGACACAUGUCCCCCCAGAUUGGCAGUGCAUUGAAAAGGAGCGGGAGGACGAACGCAUCAACCACAAAACCCACGGCGCAGGAAUCGGUAACACGAUUUUGACGGCUCGGGUACAGGUACGACUGAAGCGGCAGAAAAGGCAUAUAUACCGACUACUGCGUCCUUACUUGCGACCAAUCUAGAACCGACUUCAAACAAUGCGGUAACCUCAGACAACCGCGGAUCGAUUCAAUUCCUACGGGUGGUUGGCUGCUUUGAGACUAAGGGGCUUUCUACAACGCGAAAAUGAACGGCCUAUUCUCGAGAAAACAGGUGCCUCCUCCUGCUCCUGCUCCCGCCCCAGUCCAAGAUGCUGGAUAUGGAGGAGCGCCUCAAGGUGGCUAUGGAAUGCGGAAUGAAGGAGGUGGGGGACAGUCUGAUGGGUCCAAUGCCCCGGAACCGCCUGCGAGGGUCAUACUAGACGGCUACCGGCCAGACAUCUCAAAUGGAUUCGAGGGAGAAGCGUCAUUGUACAAUCCUGUAAGUACUAAAUACUCGGGCAAACCCAAUCUGGCAGAUGUUGCAUAUAGUACUGAUCCUGAAAAUAGAUGAACCCCGCCCGCCCACACAGUUCCACCCUUCUAAACUUGAAUGAUUCGAUACAAGUUCACCUUCUUGUCGAAACCGCGAUGGGCGACAGUAUGGAAUUCGAGAUUCUUUCCGAGGACGAGGUCGAUGAUUUGAAGAGACAGAUCAAAAUCUACACUCAGCGAAUAGAGCAAGCACGUCAGAACCUCAUAAUUCAAUCCAAAUACCGCGAUGCAGCCAAAUCCAUGUCAAAGUUAUACUCACCUACCGGCAACAAGAAGAUGAGUUUUCACAGCCGUAACAGUAGCAGUGAGCACGCGGACGAAGCCCUCCAAGAGCGUCGCGCCAGCGAAAAGAAAUGUGAGGAAUUAGCUGCUGAAUUAUGGUUUUUGGAAAAGAGACUUAUGGAACCACAAACGAAACUGCUAAAGCACACUGCGGGUAUUCUACAGAUGACACACAAAGGCCCCAAGGUUACUUCAAAGAAUGGUGGCCAGAUGGCUGGAGGCAUGCCAGGGAGUCCUGAGAGCAUGUAUACCUAUCCAAAUGCUAGGAAUAGUUUCGACCCUGCACCUGGCGACGAACUUCUUUUCGACGAGAGAAGUCUUUACCGCUCUUUUGAUCGACUCGAUGGCUUUGGAGACUUGAUGGGAGAAAGCACUGGCCCUUCAAAGGAGCAGAUGCAAAUGAUUACGAAGACGGAAGAGAAAUUAGAACAGCUGAAUUCCAGGCUGAGGGAAAUCAUCAUCCAGGCCAAUCCGCAGCAAGAGUCCAGAUUAGGGCAGCCCCCUCUGAGUAAAGUGAAUAGUAAUGGUCAGCCUACAGAACCCGGAGACACUUUGCAGGAUUCUCUCCAAUAUUUGGAGCAAGGCAUCACUACCAUGGGUAGAGAGCAUAAUCAACGAUCGAACCAAGGCAACGUUUCAGAGUCAGCAAUUGAAGAAACGGUGGAGGAUUUGAACCGAGAAUUGUAUAGCGUUUUACAACCCUAUGAUGAGCUUCGUCCGGCCCCCCCUCAAGUCACUGGAAAUGGAUUAAAUGUUCAAAUAUCCUACUUCAAGGAUAAUAUCAAUGCUGUUGCUGGAGAAAUAUCCAGGUCUAAGAGUUUGACAAGCAAAAGUACCGGAAACCAGGAGCAGAUGGAAACGGUGAUGAUGGGUCUCUGGGAGAUCAUUUUAUCUGGCGAGGAAGAGGCACGUAAACGAAAGUUGGAGCGAAGGCAGAAUCGAACUUUGAAUAAUCUCCCUGAAGACGAAGACGAUUCCGGUGAAUCUGAUAUUGAAGUAGUUGAGCAAUUUUCCGUUCAAGGCUUUUCUUCCAAAGUACAGUGGCUGUAUUCACAAGCUACAAAGUUGAAGGAUCAGAAGAAGGUUUUGCAACGACAGAUUAAACAGCAACGAGAACUGAACAACCAGUCAGACGCAACUAAAGAUGCCGCUCUGACGAGGAAGGGAGAGGAAUUGGAUAGAAUGCAAGAGCUUCUGCGGAGAAACAUGAUGGAGUCGGACAAAGUGCGGGAGCAAUUAAGCCAAGUCAUGGAGAAAUUGGAUGAAUCACAACAGAAAGAUUCCCUACGGGAUCAAGCUCGGUCAAACGAUGAGUCAGCUGCGAUACGCUCCGCACAGCAAGAUCUCGACAAAGCAAACAAAACAAUUGCUACCUUGGAGGAGAAGCUGCAAGAGUUGAAAGACGACCAUUCAAUCAGCAAUGCCGAAAUGCAAAGCCGUAUCAGUGACUAUGAAUCUAGGAUUAGAAAUCUGACCCAGGAAGUGGCUGCAGCUGCCACAGCCAAGGCAAUAUUCGAGGCGGAUGCUAGAGAGAAAGAGCUACAGGUUGUGGAGAAGGAGAAGGAAAUGGACGACAUGAACAUGAGACUUGCUGGGUUACAAACAGAAGUAACAAUUGCCAGGGCCGAACUUGACGGCGCUUAUGGUUCAAGGUCCCAACGAGCAGCCGAAGUUGCAGCCAACCCUGCUAUUCAGAAGGAGAUUGAUACCCUUUCUAAAAAGAAUGCCGCUCUCUCGGAUGAGAUUAUGGUAUUGAAAUCCAAGGGCGCCGCCAAUCCCGAGAUGGAAGAAAAGAUGCAAACUCUGAAGAAGGAGCUCGAGGAAACAAUCGAGGAAUACGAGCAAAUGACCAAAGCCAGCAUCGAGUGGGAGAAGGAGCGCGAGCAACUCGAAGCCUCGGUUGAUAAGCUGCGUGAUGAGAGAGAGCAGCUUGAGGCUCAACUCAGCGAUGAAAAGGUCAGAUGGCUUGGUAUGAAGAGUCCUGGUGUUGAUGGUGCGCCACAAGCCGGUAAUACCAGUACGACUGUUCUGAAGAAUGAGUUCAAGAAGAUGAUGAGGGAUACCAGGGCUGAGAGUGCCAAAGCUUUGAGGGUAAGUUCCCUUCUCUUCCAAUUGAUAUUGCCAAUACCCAUUUUGAACGUCAACUAACAUACUUCAGGCCGAACAGAAUGAGAGACGCCGUGUCGAAGAGGAACUUCGCGCUCUCAAAAAAGCUCAAGGGCCCGGCAAAUCGGGUCUUAGCCAAAGCUCGUAAUCCGCAUCUUUGCUUCUUGCUGAUUGAACUUAUGUCUUUAUUAAAACUUUGGAUCGCUCAAACUUGGAUCAUUCUAAUGUCUUUUGAUUGGAUUGCGCGAAAAUCAUGGUCGUAUUGGAAAGAGAAGCGAUGCGAAGUGGUUUACUUAAUGUUUUUUCCUCAUUCUCUUUUUUCUUUCCCGAUCACUUUUCCCACGACAAGGACAGAUCAAUAGCGCGCGAGCAAUCGAAUCAGGUAGAACAGCAACAAGACAUUAUGAGGAGUUGGUUUAUUGGAAACAUUGUUAGAUUAGGAGUCUUUGUAUGGCAGAAGUGUCUCAUCUCGUUUAACGUAUCUUGUUGUGUUAUAAAAGCAUUCCCUAGACGGACCAGCACAUUGGGCGCAUUUGUUUCUUUGGGGGCACGUUGGAGUGAUGAUGAUUACUACAGUAGUACUACUACAGUAUAUGGAUGGAAGCGGUUCUAUUCUUCUGGUGGGGGUGGUGUAUCAAGUAUACUAUUUUAGAUAUAGUAGAGUGGUUUUGGUGUAAGCAAUCGAGUUGUGAACACCCUUUUGGUCUUUUGAAGUUAUUUUGUUUUU